AUGCCUAAUACUGGUCGUCCGAGCCGUGAUUGUCAUGCUUGUAGAAAGCGACGCAUUAAGUGCGAUCUUCAACGUCCACAAUGCAGCCAGUGUAUCAGAAAAGGGCAACCUUGCCCAGGGUAUCGAAAUGAGUUGGAUAUGCGUUUCCGCACCGAGAACAUGUCAACAUUCCCCGUGAAUAUGCAUAGAGAUCGUCGAAGAAGACCAGACAAAAAGGUCCAUCCUAUGCCGCAAACUCGGAAUGCAAAGCCAGAAAGACGGGAGAAGAAAGUCACUGAACAUACAGCUAGCUCCCUUCCAUCGAACGACCUGUUUGCUCUUCAGCGCCCUAUACACUUCCAAUCUACCAUCGCAGAAUCGUGGGAGUUUCACGUCAGACCAAUGAUUAUGGAAAAGUUCUUGAUGGAAACUACCCCUGGCAAAAAUGAUAGCAUGUUCGGUUUCGUUCCAAUAUUGAUUUCGGAGGCGGGCGAAGGGACUCCUCUUGUUCUAGCUUGUAAUGCGGUUGCAUAUGCAUACAUGACAAACAUAAUUUGGUUCCCCGAUGGAAUUCAAUACAGAUCAUCGGCAUAUGGCUCUGCACUAGCUGCUACAAACUCGGCUCUCCGGGAUCCUCACAAUUUCAAAAGUGACAAUACUUUGUUGUGUAUUUAUCUACUCGGACUAUACGAGGUGAGGAUACUAAAUGCCGAUACAGGCUUCAUGUCCGCUGAAUGGGCUAUCCACAGCAAGGGCUUGAUAGAGUUACUCCGCCAGCGUGGGCCUGAACAAUUCAACACUUUACAUGGAAGACAAAUAUUCUGGGCUGUGAUAAACAUUGUUCAAUUACAUUCGGUAACAUCCGGCCUUGAUUGCCCUCAUGAAACUUUUGUGUGGCUGAACGAAAUCGACAAACAUUGCGCUCUCCCGGAGGACUACGUACUUUUUCGGCCAAUAAUCUUUGCUCAUCACUGUACGAAUCUUUGCAGUCGUGUCCAAAGACUAGUACAAUACAGCCCAUUUGAUGAAAUCCUGGCUAGUGUACCAAGUAUUAUACAAGAUAUGGACGAGGUUGAAAAGAUAACCAGCCUCAAUAUUUUUUCACAUAACCCUCACAUUUCAAGUCAUGAAAUCGAGCACCCCUUGGCGCUACCGGAUGUACCAGAUUACCCAAGUCAAUGUUAUUUUGGAAUUCUCAUCUACCAGUAUUACUUCCGAAUGCAGCUCUCUCACCGUGUUCGAGAACUAUUGCAACACGCAUCCAAAGCACCGAGUUGCACACCUCAACAACGUGCUACCAUCACCUGGUAUGAGAAACGCUGUGCUACUGAAUUCCAUGCCCUUGUUGAUAAA